GGCGAUGAAAACUAAGCGGGACGCUCUGUGAAUGCAAAUCCCUCUCAAUUAAAUCGCCAAACCCAUUUCUCAAUCCCUCCGCCCAAAUCCUCAUAUAAACUUGCUCUCUCGCUCCAAUUCUUAUUCAUUAGCUUCAUUUUUUAUUCAAUUGGUUUUUUGGAAUUUCAAUUUCUGCUCGAGAAUUGAAAUUCAAUGGCUACCGUCUCUCAGUGUUUUGGAGCUACUUCGGCUGCUAUAUCGGUCUCCUCCAACUCAAGGAAGCUUCACCUCCCUUCUCGCAGAUCCCUCCCAGGGAGGAAAGCGAGCUUCUUUGUUGUCAGAUCUGAUUCCGGGUCUAAGUCGGGUCCGAAUUCAAGAGCUCGUCGGGCCGAUCAGCUAAUUACCAAUGCUGUUGCAACAAAGGCUGAUAGCGCUGCGGCUUCGACGGCAUCGAAACCUGGGCACGAACUUCUGCUUUUUGAGGCCCUACGUGAAGGAUUGGAAGAAGAGAUGGCUAGGGAUCCCACUGUAUGUGUAAUGGGUGAAGAUGUGGGACACUAUGGAGGAUCGUACAAGGUGACCAAAGGCCUGGCUGAUAAGUAUGGAGAUCUCAGGGUUCUUGAUACUCCUAUUGCUGAGAACUCCUUUACAGGUAUGGGUAUUGGAGCUGCCAUGACUGGUCUGAGACCAAUUAUCGAGGGUAUGAACAUGGGAUUUCUCCUUCUAGCCUUUAACCAGAUCUCCAACAACUGUGGUAUGCUCCACUACACUUCUGGGGGUCAGUUUAAAAUUCCAGUAGUUAUUCGUGGUCCUGGUGGAGUGGGAAGGCAACUUGGGGCUGAGCACUCGCAACGUCUAGAGUCCUAUUUUCAGUCGAUUCCUGGAAUCCAAAUGGUAGCAUGCUCAACCCCUUACAAUGCCAAAGGUUUGAUGAAAGCUGCCAUUCGAAGUGAUAACCCAGUGAUUCUUUUUGAGCAUGUGUUGCUAUACAAUCUCAAGGAGAGAAUUCCAGAUGAAGAAUAUGUGUGUUCUCUUGAGGAAGCUGAGAUGGUUAGGCCUGGGGAGCAUGUCACUAUAUUGACAUACUCUCGGAUGAGGUAUCAUGUGAUGCAGGCUGCCAAAACUUUGGUGAAUAAGGGUUAUGAUCCAGAAGUGAUUGAUAUUAGAUCGUUGAAACCAUUUGAUCUUCACACAAUAGGAAAUUCAGUGAAGAAAACACACCGUGUGCUGAUUGUCGAGGAGUGCAUGCGGACGGGUGGAAUUGGUGCUAGCUUGACUGCAGCAAUCACUGAGAACUUCCAUGAUUAUCUAGAUGCCCCUAUUAUAUGCCUGUCUUCACAGGAUGUUCCCACUCCAUAUGCCGCAACAUUGGAGGAAGUGACUGUUGUUCAACCUGCCCAGAUUGUGACGGCAGUUGAGCAGCUCUGCCAGUAAUUAGUGCAGCAGCAUUAAGUUACGCCUCUUUCUAAGCAGCCUUUUCUAGCAAUCUUAAGUUAAUUUCAGAUUUUGUUAGCAGUUUUGUGUUGUUCGAACUUUCAACUGUUCAAAUUGGUCCAGGGUACUUUGUUUUUAUUAAUUAUAAUGGCAUGUAAGAAGAUCGCGUUUAUCUUGUAGAACGUUUUGAACUAUGGAUUGUUAAUUGAAAUUUACCCAUGUAAUAGAUAGGUCAAAUUGAGAAAUUGAGUGAGAUGGUUAUCUAA